AACAAGUGUGAAAGCAAUUACAAAGAACCUCAAAAAGGCAAGUGAAAGUAUCCUUUUCACAUAUAAAACACACAUGGAAAUGGAACCUUUUAGUUUUUGCAGUAGCCCGUUCAUGAAGGAAGGUAUAAAGAUACAAAACGAAUAAGCUGUGAAAGUCAGAGAAAAACUUGAGAAGAAUAUAUUCCAUCUGACAGUGCGCCACCAUUUUAAUUAAUAGCUUAAAGAUCGGAGGUUAUAUAAGGAGAAGCAUCCUCACUAAACUAACCAAGAAUCAUAUUUCUAAUCACAAUCCCAUUUUGGUGUGUUUCCACUUGCAAAGUGAACGAGGCAACAGAAAACAGAGGAGCUUCGUCUGUCGUGUUAGCACACAUUUAAGAGAAGAUGAAGGACAUGAGAGAUCAAAAUCCUCCGCAAGUUUAUCCAGCUGCAGAACAAGUCUCUGAACAACCUGGACAAGACAAAAAGAAGAACAAUCCACGGUUUUUCGAGACAAAGCAGAAAGGAGACAGAGGUUUCAUUGAAGGAUGUCUCUUUGCACUAUGCUGCUGCUGGAUUUGUGAAAUGUGUUUCUAAGUUUAAAAGAAGGAACACUACAGUGUGUGAAGCUUCUUCCCUCUUCUAUAUCUAAGAAUGGUUUUCCUUAUCUAAUAUUAUUACCUGAGAGAGAGAGAGAGAGACUGUGGAACCUAUCUUAGGCUUCCUAGACUAUUUAUGUGGUGUGUUUAUUGAAAAACGCUUAUUGUAUUAUAUAGUAUGUAAAGGAUCAUCAUAUUUUCUGAGUUGUUGGUAUAAAGCUCAUUAUACUU